AUGGUCUGUUCUGAGAGCAGCGCCAGUGAGUCCUCUCUGGAAUCCUCCAGUGGCUACGGCAGCCAAGGCGCCUUCGCCGCCGAAGACCACGCCCACCAGCAUCAGAUGCAGCAUCCGGACGUUGACUCGGAGAUAGUGACGCUGAGGAGGGAUAGCGAGGCAUCGCUAGCGGCGGCCAGGGAUAGUUUCUCUAUAUCCCUGGGCAGCCUGGAGGAGGCGGUGAGGUCCCUGGACGAGGUGAGGGACACGCCCGCCUUCGCGACCAUCGGCAAGAAGCCGGCCGUGCCCAAACGGCGGCCCGUCUCCAUGUCAGCGACAGUUUGGUCCCGCCGUGGCUCGUCAAGCUCACUAGGGAAGCCCCCACCACCAGUGAGGCGGUCAUCGUCAAUCUCACGCCCGCAGAGACCGCCAUACGUGCAGAACAAUAUGGGGAGUCCCCAAACGAACACGACAGACGCUGACAAUCUGCCACCACCACCAGCGUUUCUGUUGCAACCCGACAUUGAAACCAAUUCAGCCCACGCAGGCAUAAACGUGGCGGAGACGGUGAAACAGCUCACCGAGCUAAAGCACAUGCCUGCCUCACCCGGCCUGGUGAGGCGCACGCUCCAAAUCCAGGCCCAAGGCCAGGCGCCAGGCCAAGGCCAAGGCCAGGGCCAGGGCCAGGUCCAAGGCCAGGCCCAGGCCCUAAGCACCUUCCAGCAGACGAAGAGCCAGAUAGCUACCAGCCUCGCCGGCAACCCGAGCCCGGUCUACGGGCCGACGGGCCUACGCGUAGCGGCCUACGCGGAGAACUCGAUCUACGUCAGGAAGGGAGGCCUGAACUCGUCCAGCACCGACCUCUACAGGGACGGAAACUCAGCCAACAUUUACGGCGAAGGGAAGGGGUCGCCCCACGCCUCCACCCCUUCAACCCCCAGCUACGGCGAGAGCAACUCCUUCUCCAGUUUCGGACCGCGUGUGACCAACGACUCGCAUUAUGGUCAGACUGGUUUCAAGCUGCAGCAGGAGAAGAAGUACCCGGGGAACAGCAUCUACGCUCAGCCGGCGCUCCACGCUCAGCCCGGCUCUGCGCUGCGUCGCUCGAUAGCGGCCCGCUCGCAUAGUGCCGACAGGCACUCGGAACAUGGAGGUCUGAUAGCGUCACUCAGUGCAAAGUUGGCGCCUCAGCUCUCGCCGCGAACAGCGCGUCGCACCGCUCCGAUCUCUGACGCCGCUAAAGGGAAAGGGACUCUACCGUCGGCCGUCCAGCCGGCCUUCCUGGACAAGCUGUCCGCCACCAUCCAGCAGCAGAGGCGCCAGCUCGACUCUUCCCGGGCCAGCACCGUGCGCGACCUGAUCAACGCGCACGCCCAGCCGGAUCCGCGGGUCUGCCACACCUCGCUGAUGGAGCAGAUAAAGCGCGGCGCGACCCUCCGCCGAAACAAGCAUUGCAACGAUCGCUCCGCGCCGAAAAUACGC